AUGGGUUGUCUUCUGCAACUUUGGCAUCUUAACUUAUCGAUCAAUUCCUUUGGGGGAAAUAUUCCAACAAAUAUAACACACUGCAAAUAUCUAAGACAUUUUCUUGUAACUGACAACAAACUUACUGGGUCAAUUCCGGUCCAGUUGAGUUCAUCGUCUAAACUGGUGUACUUGGGUUUUUGGAAAAACAUUCUUACUGGAACAGUCCCAGCUUGGAUAGGAAAUUUCACUUCUCUGAACGCACUUUCAUUUUUCCAGAACAAUUUUCAGGGAAGCAUAUCUGAAGGUCUUGGCCAUCUAAAACGCUUGGGCAGCUUCAUACUCAAGGACAAUAAUCCCUCUGGUAUUGUUUUUCCUUCAAUUUAUAAUAUCUCUUCCAUAUACUAUUUCACAUUUACAAAGGACCAGCUGCAUGGAAACCUACCAGCAGAUGUUGGCUUUACUCUGCCUAAUCUCCGAGUAUUUGCCGGUGCAGUUAACGAACUAACAGACCCCAUUCCCAUAUCAUUGUCAAAUUGUUCUGCACUCCAGGUGCUUUAUUUUUCUCAAAACGGUCUAAUUGGGUCAGUUACUGAAACACUAGGAAGCUUGCCAAACGUGUAUAGGAUUAAUUUUGAGUACAAUUUACUGGGAUAUGGAAAAGCCAGUGACCUGAAUUUUUUCAUGUCUUUGCCUAAUUGUUCUGUUCCAGAGUUGCUGUACAGAGUAUAUAUGUGUAUUACUGAUAAUAAUAAUAUUCAAGCUAUUCACUCAAUUCGUGCUGUUUCCUCACAGCGGAAUAGAUUUGAGGGAAGUAUACCUCAAAGCCUUGGAGACUAUAAGAAAUUGAUGACCCUUAACCUUUCUGGUAACAACCUCAAUGUUACCAUUCCCAGAGAGGUCAUGGGUCUUUCUUCCCUUUCAGUUUCUCUGUCAUUGUCUAAUGAUUUAUUGACCGGUGCCUUACCAUCUGAAGUGGCUAAGUUGAAAAAUCUCGGGGAGUUGGAUCUAUCAGAAAACAAGUUAACAGGUGAAUUGCCAAGCACUCUUGGACAAUGUAUUAGUUUGGAACGCCUGCAUUUGGAGGGCAAUCAAUUUGAAGGUCCAAUUCCUCAGACUCUUGAAAGCCUAAGAGGUUUGGAGGGAAUGGAUCUUUCCCGCAAUAACUUAUCUGGGUUGAUUCCAAAAUUUCUUGGUGAAAUUUCAACUCUUAAGUUUCUCAAUCUUUCUCAUAAUAAUUUGAGGGUGAAUUGCUAA